AUGCUGAGUGACUCGUACGAAUGUUUCCUUGUUGAUUCGGGACUACUUCGUGGACUUCUACUCGUCGCUCCUUCCGCCAUGGCGACCGAGGUAGCGGUGGAGGACUUGCGGUCGGCGCGGCCGCGCGAGCAGCGGGCUGUCGGCAAGGUGGAGCAGUACAUGACGCGCGACCCGAUCUGCUUCCGACGAGACACGCCUCUCGAGGACGCCCUGCGCGCGCUAAUAGAGCACAAGAUCAGUGGCGCGCCGGUGGUGGAGCCGUACGAUGGCGACUCGACGGGCAGCGGCAGGCUGGUGGGCGUGAUCAGCGAGGAGGACUUGUUAUGGAAGGAGGUGGACGCGACCGAUAAGGAGCUUGAAACUGCAUUCCGCGCGCCCUACCUCUGGUCAAUGAUGACGUCAGACACGAGCAUGCUAGAGACCUAUGAGGACCAGGCUCUUAAAGUGCUCUCGCAGACCGUGGGACUAAGCAUGAGCGAGCAGUCCAUCUCAGUCACUCCCGACACGCCCGUUAAAGACGCCGCUACUAUCAUGCUCGAUGCGAAGAUUAAGAGGCUGCCUGUGGUGGCGCCCCGGGAGGGGGGGCGGCCGGGUGCGGAGGUGGGGAAGGAGGGGGGCAAAGGAGAGGGUGAAGCUGCUGCUGCUGCUGCUGCUGCUGAGAAGGGUGGUGAGGGGGGUGAGAAGGUGCAGACUGGUUUUGUGAAAGGUGGGGCGUGA